UUCCGCUGAGUUUGUUACUAUAAGGGAAACAGAUGCACACAGCUUUCAUUCAGUAUUAACAGGAUCCAGAGGAAGACGACACUUUCAUCUCUCAGAAUAAACCAGCAGCAUUUUUCAGCAUCAAUGGAUUCACAAGCAACCCCACAGCCAGUAAUGUGUGAAGUCUGCGGAACGUACUUUGAGACACGGCGAGGACUUUCCAGCCAUGCCCGACUCCAUCUGCGCCAGCUUGGUGUGACGUUGUCAGAAAGCAGCGGGGCUCCCAUAGAGCUCCUCUACCAGAUCAUCCAGGAGAGAGAUGGCUGCCUUCCAGAUUUCAAAUCAAACUCAUCUGCACCUGGGCCAGUGCCUCAAAAAAAUAUAAUGCAGCAGGAAUCAAAGACCCCUUCAGAAGAAGAAGACGCUAAUACCUCUUACAAGGCCGGGGUUAGACUCACAACAACCCCACAAAAGGUAGAUCAUCAGGGAUCUCCAGCAAAACUGAAUGAAUCUUCAACAACUGUCCCCCCAUCAUCUCCUUCUCCUGUUAAGCCAGCUGAAGGCGGCAGCUCAUCUUCCUCAGAGCACACAGCCCCAGCAAAGCCACUGUGGGCACCACGGGAAACUGACGCUCCUAUCACGUUAGCUUCAGACCCCCACGAUGAGGUCUACGUUUGCGAACUUUGUGGCUGCUGGUAUGAGACACGCAAGGGCUUGGCUAGUCAUGCUCGGGCACAUUUGCGGCAGAUUGGAAUCUCUGACAGUGACAUCAAGGGUAGUCCUAUUGAUCUUCUUUAUCAGGUCAUGGAAGAGGAGGACCUCAAGCCUAUUGAUUUAGAGAAAAAUGAAGAGGUUACUUCAAAUAGUCCAUCUAGAACUUCAUCCAAACGCCUAUCUGGCCUUUCUACUCCACCCGAGUCAUCCUCGAGCAAACGGCCUAAGGUAUCUGAGGAGUGCAUCUGCAUUCUCUGCGGAGAGGAAUUUGAGAAUAGAAAAGGCCUGGCAAGCCAUGCACGCUCUCACCUGCGUCACAUAGGGAUGAGUGAAUUAGUGGGGAAAAACUCUGCAAUCAAUGCCGUUGAGGAUCUGGUAUCCAGUGGCAUGCUAGAAGUUGUACACCCCCCCAAAACAAACAAUACAGCAAGCUCAUCUGCAACACCAUCUCCAGCCCCACCCUCUCCUGCAGCUCAGUCUUCAGGUCCAAGCCAGUCUUGGACCUCUCUUUCCUCUACACCCCUGUCUACAACCCCUGAAAAGAUCUCUCAGGCUUCUCACCCUCCCGUUAACAGGGCACCAAAAGCUAAGAAAGGUUUUCGGCUCGCAGUGGACCCCCUUCAUAGAAAACCCAAGCCUGAGCCUAUAGAGACGGAGGUCUCUGUUCAGCUGAAGACAUCCACCAAUGAGAGCAGCUCCCCUGUGCAGAAUUUGUCUGCUGGUGCCAUUUCUGCAAAACCUUCAGCUUGUGCAGAUGUGCAGUCCCCACCAACAGUCCUUUGUGAUUUCUGUGGCCAGCUAUUUGACACCCGCAAAGCCCUGUCUUGCCAUGCUCGUGCCCAUCUACGGCAGCUCGGUCUCUCUUGGUCUAUUAAAACAUCACCAAUUGAUCUUCUAAAAGAAGUCAUGAUGCAUGGUGAAGAAGGCAGGAAAGAGUUGGGGCCCAGUGGAUCUGCAGCAUUGGGCAAAGUCUCGUGGGGUUCUCAAAGCUCCAGAAGGUCCCUAGACAGCCUCACAUCUGGGGAGACAGCUUCGAACUCGCCUCUUGAUUAUUCCAUGAAAGAGAAAUCUCCAUCUAGCAAGGGUGGAGUCAUACACCUUGACACAUCCUGUGAGCUUUGUGGGUUCGACUUUGAGAACCGUAAGGCCCUGGCCAGUCACGCGAGGGCCCACCUCCGACAGCUGGGCAUCAUUGAAUGGAAGGCAGAUGGAGCGACUUCACCAAUUGAACUCCUUAGUGAGCUGAUCAGGAGAGAUCCGGCCAAGGUGUCUGAAAUUACCAAGCGUUAUCGCAUGGGAGACCUUUACAUCAAGAAGUCCCACAAAAUUCCUACAUCCCCAUCACCAUCCACAGACUCUGAGUGUGUGGCUGGCGGUAGUCUGAAGUCUUCCAUGCAGCGCUAUGAAUACAAAGUAAACAGGAAGGACUACAGCAACCACAGCGUGCGCUCCUCAAGAGGGGUACAUUCACAAAAGCACGGGGUCUCUACAGGUAGAGAAAAUCAGAACGGCAACUCCCAGCAACCACCACGGUCCGGCAAUAUCCCUGCUCUGGUGCCAAAGCCCCCACUAACUCCACUGGUCAAACUGGUGGGUAAAAUGUAUUCCCUCAAGUGCAGGUUCUGUGAGGAAGUAUUUCAUGGACCUCUGUCUGUUCAGGAGCAGUGGAUCACACACCUGCAGAAACACAUUCUGUCGCUGGGCUAUAAAGACAAAGCGUCUCCUCCCGCUACACCUGUGACAACUCCAGCGCUGGUCCAUCCAGUAGCUGUCUAGACGUGUAUUUAUUCAGUUUUUCUUCUCAGUCUUUUAAAUGUCAAAGUCCAAGAUGUUGUGUUAUCUUAAUGUCUACUUGAAGUCAGCAAAUUGUCAAAAAAUUAGUUCCUUCCUUGUCCUAAAGAGGGCAACCAUGAGCCAUAUGAGAAACACAGCACAACCUAAUACACUCAGGUUAAAUCCAUUAGAUAUCAUAGAUCAAAGUAAUGAUCUGUGGAUGUGGUUUUUUUUUUUUUUGACAGACAGAGCUUUUCUAUGCAGGCUCUUAAAUUCCUUCCAUUUGAACAGAUGUUAAAUGUAUUUUAAUGGUAUUCAGCCUUUGAUGUUAAGAAACUAGAGAGACUGACAUGAAUUUCACUUUUUUUUUUUUUUUUUACAGUGUAUGUAAACUGCCGUGGUGGUCAUUUCAUUUCAAAAUAGCUUUUUUCUUUUAAAUACCUUUGAACUUUGUUUUAUACAUAAACGUUUAUGGCAUUUUACCUUAAAUAUGUAGGGCCAAUGUUUUUCAUUGUGCGUUCUGUACACAACAACACUGUUACCACAAGGUUAAUGCCAUUGUUGUAGAAGGUAGUUAAGUGUUUCCAUUCUUUUUCUUUACAAAAUGCAAAACAAGCUGACAGUGGAUGGAGAUUUUAAAUUUUUUUUAACA